GAAGAAAAAGAAGAAGUGUCACUUUGCUAGAGCAUUUUUGGCACACCAACAGCAUAAAAGUGCAUAAAAUCUGUGAAAAAAUACUGAAUUGCUCCUUGCAAGGAUAUCACUUCCCUUCUGGGAGUUAUGUAAAGUAUAACAGACGUGCAGUGAGUGCAUUGAGCGUUGAAAUUGUUGAUUUAUUUGGGGGAAAAGUGUGUGGAUUUUGACACUGCCGGAUCAAAAUGGCUUUGAAGCUGUAAAAAAAAAACAAGCGCGAGGGAAAAAGUGAAAAUUAGUUUUGUAAGGAGAAUUCGGGAGUGCUAGUUUGGUGCCGCUGUAUUUCAUGCCAGGGUAAAAAGUUAUCCGGUCACGAUGUCGGUGCACUACAAGUUUAAAAGUGCACUAGACUUUGAUACAAUCACCUUCGAUGGUCUUCACAUUUCCGUGGCGGAUCUGAAGAAGGCGAUUUUCCAGCAGAAGCGCAUCGGGAAGAUUGCCGACUUUGAUUUGCAGAUCACCAAUGCCCAAACGAAGGAGGAGUACACGGAUGACGCUACACUUAUUCCCAAGAAUACUUCCCUGACCAUUGCCCGCAUCCCCUUGGCAGUGCAACCGAAGAAACAAUGGGAACCGAGUAUGGAGAAGAGUUCAUCAGUGCGAGUCCCUGUGGAGACAGAACGAGCUCAUGUGGAUCUGUCGAGAAUAAAUGGAUCAGAGGAGGACAAGAUAAAUGCAAUGAUGAUGCAAAGUACUGCUGAUUACGAUCCCACAAACUACCAGAAAAUCCGUGGCUCCAAUCAAACUGGCGAAGUUCCCAUGAAUUAUCGUUGCUUUAAAUGCCACAAACCAGGGCAUUGGAUCAAAAACUGCCCCCAAAUUGGCGCAUCUGAGAUGGCAGAGGUUAAGAGAAGUACGGGCAUUCCCAGAUCUUUCAUAGAGCAGCAACAGAAUGAAAUAAUCCAACAGCCUGUGGUACCACCGCCAGUAGAGAAAAAGCAAGAAAUCCCGGAAGAUUUAAUCUGUAGCAUUUGCAAAGAUCUCUUCACGGAUGCCGUAAUGAUUCCCUGCUGUGGUAGUUCUUUCUGCGAUGAAUGUGUCCGUACGGCUCUGCUUGAAUCAGAGGACAAUGAAUGCCCUGAUUGCCAUGAGAAGGGUUCCUCACCUGGUUCACUCAUCCCCAAUCGUUUCCUGCGGAAUUCCGUGAAUUCCUUCAAGAAUGAAACGGGCUACAAUAGGAAGCCGGCAUCUAAACCCAAAGCUCCCGCUGUUGUUGCACCUCCUGCUGCUGCCCCGGCUGUUGUGGAGGAAAAAGAACCCCAGCCGGAGGAGAAGGAGGAAAGUGACUUUGAGGAUAACAUCACAGUGACAGUGCCACCGGCGGAAGUUCAGUGUCGUGGUGCUUUUCGCGAUGGGCACCUUAAUGGACGCAGUAGGGUUGAUGAAUCACCAAGAGGUCACCAUUUGCCAGCAUUGGGAGACGAGGAACGUUCAGAGACACCAACAGUGGAUGAGAAUGAUAUUUAUGCUGGACUGCCAGAGGAACCACAGCGACAUGCUCCUCCCAUUGAGCGUCAUCAUCACAUGGAAGAGCAGAUUAAACGACGCUCUCCGCGGGCAAGGGAUGACCAGCAUUUUGGUCAGUAUCGCGAAAUGAUGCCACAAGGCUCAUAUGGAAGGCACGGUGGUGGGGGAGAGUACCCCAUGGCACCUCAUGGACCUCCCCCGCAGGGACCUCACUAUGGAUCUCAACCACGUCCAACCAUGUAUCCCGACUCCUAUGGAGGUAAUCAUCGUAUCCCCUAUCCCCACAAUCGUAUGCCAUUAGGUGGUUAUCCCAUGCGCGGAGCUAUGCGACCCGGACCACCGAGCUUAGCGUCUGUGUACCAAGGGGUGGCUGCUAAAGUGGGGCCGGGCAUCAUUGAUGAUCCCCUUGAGGCGUUCAAUCGCAUUAUGCGCGAAAAGGAACGCAUGAAGGAGCGUAGGAGGACACGAUCACCCGAUAUGGAUCACAGGCGGCCAAUUCGAAGGCGAAUCUCACGGGGAAGAAGUCCAGAAAUGCGUCGACAGAGAUCCAAUGAGAGACGUUCAGAGGAUCGACGGAGGAAACGUAGCAGUUCCUACAGUCGCAGCUCAAGGAGCUCAAGAUCUCGAUCCAGAUCGCCACGUAAGAUAUCCAGAUCGCCGAGAAAACGAUCUAGAACACCAAGGAAUAGGUCAAGAAGUCGAUCGCCAUCAUUCAGUAUGAGUCGGUCGAGAUCACGUUCUGUUUCACCAGCUGGUCGAUAUAGAGAUCGAGGACCACCACCACCACAUAAUCGAUACAAUAGAUCACCACAUUCACGUUCACCUCCUCCUAGGCAUCGUCCAAGGGAACAUCGUCGUAUUGAACGCAAUGAUCGCAUGGAGCGUCCGGAUCGUAUUGAUCGUAACGAACGCAUUGAUCGCAAUGAGCGUAUGGAGAGGAAUGAACGAAUGGAGCGCAAUGAACGGAAUGAUCGUCUUGAACGGAAUGAUCGAAUUGAGCGCAAUGAUCGAAUGGAUCGGAAUGAUCGAAUGGAUAGGAAUGAUCGUAUGGACCGAAAUGAACGUAUGGACCGACGGGAUAGAGAUGAUAUUCCGCGGGACAACUACCGCGACAAGUCGCCCUUCAGAGGAGGAUAUGCUCGGAACAGUAAUACGUACAAUCGCAACCGUGGACGUCCUGAGAGGGGAAAUUACGGGCAAAGAGAUCGUUCUCAGGGUGGUGCAGCAAUGCCGCCACAGCAUCAGCAGGUUGAGCCCUACUACCAGCAGCAACCUUCAUCACUGGGGUACUAUCCUGAUAACCAAUUUCAGAGAUACCCCACGCAAGGACAUCCAACACAACCACCGCCGUACAUUACGAAUUUGACCCCCAUUGAGCCACAUCGUUACGAUGAUAUUUCUUCGGAGAAGGAAUUAUUUGCCGAGAAAGCCAAAGAGAUUGAUCAACCCCCGGUACCGGGACUGGAGGCGGCGGAACGCUUUGAAAAGUACCCAAAGGAAUCAUAUACGUAUCCCGAGGCAGCUGGUUCCGGAAGUGGGGUUGACGAUGGGAAAUCUCCGCGAGACAAUGAGGGACGUCAAUUGCCCGAUAGUAGUACGAAUGAGGAGAAGAGGAAUGAAGAGAGGCGCGCCGAGGAGAAAUCCCGUGGACGUUCACGGUCACGAUCAAAGGAAUCACGAAGAAAUCGAGAGCGCUCACGUACAAAGACGCCCAAUAAGUGGGAUAUUCGUCGUGCAACGAGUAAGGAAAGGAUUCGAGAACGACAUGAAUGGCGUGAACAGGAAGCUUCAAAGUCUCGUCGGGGUGAGGAGAAAAAGAGAUCCGAGGGGCGUACAAAGGAGCGUGAGGAGAAGAGGCACAGAGAUGAGGAUGAGGAGGACAUUAAGAAAAAGUCAAAGGAUAAGAAGAAGCGCAAGAAGGAGAAGGAUGUUGAGAAGAAGAAGAAAAAGGAAAAGAGGCGAGAAAAGGAAGCAAAAGAAAUGAAAAAAGAAUCUUCAGCAACACGGGAGAAAUCACGAAGUUCCAGAGUUGAUUCUGAAGGGAAGGAAACAAAGGAAGUUAAGGAGGAGCAGGCGGAAGUAGCCAUAGAAGCAGCACCACCCAUUGUUCCUCAAGUGCAAGAAGAGGAAAAACCCGAAGUUGUGUCAUCAAAUGUGGAGGAAUCAACAACACCCAAUGCGCCAAUUGAUCAAGAAGAAGAUAAAUUGGACAUCUCAUGUGAUCUCUAUGGGGAUAUAAUGGACAAAGAUGACAUUAAUCUCGAUUUUGGACAACAAGAAUCCAAAGAGGAUGAUUCAAUUGAGAAUCAAGAGAAGAAUUCACCGAAUUUUAUGCGAAGUGAAUCAAUUUUAGAUAUAAAUCCAACAAUUGACUUUGAUCAGGAAAUGGAGGAUACUGAUGUGAGUAUGAGGAGUCAGGAAGAGAAGAAAUCCACAUCUGCGGGUGUUCUUGUGACCAUUCCUGAGCCCUCAAAGUGGGAACUGGAGGAAGAUCAACCGGACAAUCAAGCCAAAUCAAUCCCAAGUGACACGACAACAUCAAGUCCUGAACACAAAUCAAAUAGCAGCAAAAUGGUGACGAAUGAGGUGCUGAAGAGGGCAGAGAAUGCUCUCUUCUCACGUGCCAUCAAUGCCAUUCGCCCCAUUGAAAUACGCAGUAUAAAUGCGGAAAGGAGGAAGUUGUAUGAGGAUGAUGGGGAAGCUGCUCCUGUAUCAUCGGUCGUUGUGAAGACAAGUCCCGCCAAGGAGCUCUUCCAGAUCACUGUACCCACGAAUAGUGAUGGGCUAGAGAGAUCCGUUGAGAUUAAAAGUGGCAGUGUGGAUGUUAAGGAGAAAGUAAGGGCAAAAACUUCUCCCGUGAGAUCCAUCAAGGAUCGUUUGGGGGUGAAAGUUGUUGAUGAUAAGGAGGCCCCAAUGACGUUCACGCCUACACUUGAAUCCGAAAUUCGACGGAGUGCACUGAAGGGCAAAAAGGAAUCUUCUGCACAGAUGUCGCCCGAAAGGAGGAGAUCAGAUGAUAAAAAUCGUCGUGGGCAGUGGAAUCAGCGGGAUGAGAAACACGAGAGCAAGAAGAUUGAACCGGGUGAAUCUCGUGGCAGCUCUCGUGAUCGACGUGAUCGUGGCACAUGGUCCGGAAGAGAUUCAGAAAGGACUGGUAGGGAUGCGGAAAGAAGUGCAAGAGAUACGGAGAAGAGUGGCAGAGAGAGCGAGAGAAAUGUUAGAGGAGAUGCCGAUAAGAGUAGUCGAGAUCGAAGUGGCAGAGAUGGUGGUGAAAGGAAGAGCAAAGAUGCCGAAAAGAGUGGAAAGGAUGGGGAUAGAAGAAGCAGAGAUGCUGAUAAAAAUAUCAGAGAUAAUCGCGGAGGGAAGACUCUGCGAAGGGAUGAUUCACGUGAGGUGAGGCAAAAGGAUGAUCGGAAGAUUGAGAGCAGUCGCCGAAGGAGUCAGGAGAAGUCAUCACGUGAUUCCAAACGUUCCCCAAGUAAUAGCCGUCGAAGAUCUCGGAGUAAGAAACGAUCCCGUAGCCCUCGAAAAUCUCAAACUCGCGGCAAAACACGUGAGAAGUCUCAGGAGAAGAUUCGUGGGAAAUCACGAGAUAAGCCACGAGAGAAAUCCCGGGAUAGGACACGAGAGAAGUCAAAGGAUAGGAUUAGAGAGAAAUCAAAGGAUAGGACACGUGAAAAAUCACGAGAUAGGACGCGAGAUAAAUCACGGGAUAGAACUCGAGAAAAGUCAAAAGGCAGAAAUCGAGAAAAAUCACGAGAGAGGGCAACGCGUGAGAAAUCACAGGAGAAGAAGAGAAUGUCCGAGAGUAGAGAAAAGGCACCAGCAAAGGAGGAUGUGAAGGUGUUACAACCAGCUGAGAAUGAUGCACUGAAGAAACUCGCCUGCGAUGAAUCAACUUUCGAGCCCGACUACGAUGCGCACAAUGAGUUGCAGGAAAAUCCUCAAGGUGAUCAGGAGAUGGACACAAAAAAUACUUCUGAGGAAAAGUCAUCACCGACAAAGGAAAUCUUCUCCCCAGAGCCACUGCGGGAUGAGAGGGCAGCUGAGAAGUCAACGGAGAAGGUUGUAGAGAAGAAACCCAGCGCCAGUACUUCGAAUUCCUCCAGUUCCGACACGGACUCUUCCGAUGCGGAAAGUGUGAGUGGUGAGCAUGGGCGGAAGCGCAAGAAACGCUCAAAGCAUCGGAAGCAAAAGCGAAAACGUGCUUCAUCCACGGAAUCCGCGGAUAGGGGAAGCAGUGGGAAGAAGAAAAAGAGCAAGAAGAAGUCUAGCAAGUCACACAAAAAGAAAAAGAAGAGCAAGCACAAGACAUUAAAACAGAAGAAGAAAAUAAAGGAUUAAGGUCAACGUGUGAGGAAGAAUAUCUUUAUCCAAAAUAGAUGAUGGAUGUCUAUUGAUUUUACAUAUUUCUUUGUGUCCACAAGGCUUUUUUUAGCAGUAGGUAAAAGAAAAACUCUAAAGGGGUGAAAUAAUUGAUCCUCAUUUCGCCUCGUAUAUAUACAUAAUAUAUAUAUUAUACAGAUGAUAAACUAUAUAGAAAUUCUGUAUUAAUUAAUAAAUUUUAAUUUGAGAGUAGAUGUGAAAUUUAAUGGAAUAAAAUUGAAGAAAAAGUUAAGGGGUGGUUAAUUUCUGUAAUCGAGUGUUCAGUUACUGAAUGAAAGUGAAGAAUAAUAUUGAAUUAUUAUGUAGAAUGCUUCAAAAUAAAUAAAAUAAAAUGUAAGAAGUGAUUUAAUUAACGUCUAUGAAAUAAAAUAUUAAAAAUUAUCCAAA